CCGGAGCACUUGCGGUGCGGAGUCGGGACCUCUCGGGCAAGAUGCAAGCCAUUCCCCUGGCUGCUCCUGUGGGUGUCCCCUCCAGGAAGAAGCGGUUGGAGUUGGAAGAUGGCCUUGAUACAGAAUGUCCCCGCCGGAAACAAGCUCGAAAUGGGUCCCAGCCCAUGCUACCUGCCAACCCACCGACUCUCAGCUCACCUUCUCCCCCAGCCGGUGCCCCAACAGUGACUGCUGCCUCCCAGCUUGGAUCCUAUGUCCUCCUGGAGCCCGAGGACAGUGGCCGGGCCUUCCGAUCCCUACACUGCCCCACUGGCACAGAGUACACCUGCAAAGUGUACCCGCUCCGCGAUGCCCCGGCGGUGCUGGAGCCCUACUCGCGGCUGCCCCCGGACGGGCAUGUGGCACGGCCGGCCGAGGUGGUGGCGGGGGCCCAGAGCCUCUACGCCUUCUUCCCGCGGCCCCACGGCGACCUGCACACCCUGGUACGCCAACGCCGCCGCCUGCCCGAACCCGAGGCCGCCGCGCUCUUCCGCCAGAUGGCCGCCACCCUGGCGCACUGUCACCUGCACGGGCUGGUCCUGCGCGACCUCAAGCUCCGCCGCUUCGUCUUCACCGACCGAGAGCGGACAAAGCUGGUGUUGGAAAACCUGGAAGACACCUGCGUGCUGAGCGGGCCGGAUGACUCUCUGUGGGACAAGCACGCAUGCCCCGCCUAUGUGGGUCCUGAGAUCCUCAGCUCCCGGGCAUCAUACUCGGGCAAGGCAGCGGAUGUCUGGAGCCUAGGCGUGGCGCUCUUCACCAUGCUGGCAGGUCACUACCCUUUCCAGGACACAGAGCCAGCCCUGCUCUUUGGCAAGAUCCGAAGAGGGUCCUUCGCCCUGCCUGAGGGCCUCUCAGCCUCUGCCCGCUGCCUGGUCUGCUGCCUCCUUCGGAAGGAGCCAGCUGAGAGGCUGAGUGCCUCGGGCAUUCUACUACAUCCCUGGCUGCGGGAGGACCCCAUUUCCUCAGUCCCAUCUCGAGCCCGGCUCUGGGAGACCGACCAGGUAGUCCCCCAGGGGUUGGGACUGGAGGAGGCCGAAGAAGUGGAAGAAAGAGAAGUGGGUCUCUAUGCUUAGGCCCACCAAUUGGACUCUCAGAUCCCAACAGUGGGUUGAGUUUGGAGUGUCUUUGAGCUUUCUCCUGCCUGUUUAAACUGAGCCGAACCUUCUGUGCCUUCUGGGAGAAAGAAUGGAGCACCUGUGCUGUUCUCACACCUGUGCAGUGUGUGUGUGUGUGUGUG